AUGGACACCCUCGUGUCUCAGCAUCCCCUGCAGCAUCCCUUGCAGAAUCACACAAUUCUCGAGUCCAUGCCCUACUCACAGUCCCCUGGUCCAUCCGCCCAGUCAUCGCCCAAUCCAUAUCAGCAGCAGAUGCAGUAUUCCGCGCACGACGACCAAGGGCUGCGGCAUCGCUACGAACAGCAUUUGCUGUUCGACGGUCCGCAUCCAGGUUCGUCCCUGCAGAUAUCCACAGGAGCCGUGUCGCAUGCGCACGAGCCAGAGGAGGAGACUGCGCACCCACUGCGAUCAAAGCCGACCCUGCUGAAUCACCAAGAGAGCCACACACUCACCGGCCACAGUGACCAGGAACCUGCCCACCCAUCCAUCGCUGACUCGAUCACCAUGGGACAGCCAGGCCCGUUUGGCGGGCUUACGCGCCUGUUGACGCAUCAAGAGCGCGAACUGCUCAAUCAUCUCGAUCGGCUCAAGUUCUUCCUCGCCACCGCCCCGUCGCGGUGGAGUUCCGACGACGACGGUAUGAUGACUUCAGCUACGUCUGGGCUACCUGUUGGCCACCCCAACUCAGCGCAUCCUGCGCUCAACCGUUUCCUCCUGCCCAAUGCUGAAUACGUGUCGUGCGUUCUAUGGGGCGGUCUGUAUCACAUAACGGGCACCGAUAUUGUCCGAGCGCUCGUCUUUCGCUUUGAAGCAUUUGGCAGGCCUGUCAGAAAUAUGAAGAAGUUUGAGGAGGGAGUAUUCAGUGACCUGCGGAAUCUGAAGCCAGGUGUUGAUGCUUGUCUUGAGGAACCGAAAUCACCUUUCCUUGAUUUACUGUUCAAGUAUCAGUGUAUCCGCACCCAGAAAAAGCAGAAAGUGUUCUAUUGGUUUUCGGUACCUCAUGAUCGUCUCUUCCUGGACGCGCUCGAGCGCGAUCUGAAGCGUGAGAAGAUGGGGCUGGAAUCUACAACCGUCGUCACAGGCGAGCCAGCAUUGUCGUUCACGUACGACCCAAAGCGUUCUUUGUAUGACCAGUUCAGCAAGGCACAGGGUGGCGUCGAGGGAGAGGGCGAACUUGAAGCCGCCGUGCGAAGAGCGGAUGAUUCGCACAGCGAGAGCGAACACUCUAAUGACAGUCCCAGCGGAUCGCAGAAGGCCAUGUCCGAUGUCGAUACCUCUACUGAUGAGAUGAAUGCCGAAGAGGGCCCCUCUACGAAACGGAACAAAACUCUCCCUCCUGCGCUGCAGGGCCCGAACUCUGCAUUUUUCUCGAUGUUCUCGUUAUUCGAGGGGUCUCCCACAUACAAACAGCGCCGCAAGAAGAUACACAAGGGCUCGCGGAAGAGCCCGAACGCGACUGAGGGCGUGGACGAUGGUGCGGGCGUGCAGGAAAUGCGUACGCCGGAACCACACAUCGACCGCUUCGGACGAGAUACCACGCGCAUGAGCGCGGCGGAGAUGUUCAUGGCGCAGGCGCGCGGUGACUUUGGGGGACAAUCGAACCCCGAUUUAUUAGCGACGCAGCGGGACAGGCAGCGACGUCUGGAGGCUCACGCCAGCUCUACUUUGGGCAGCCGCCAGAGUCGACCCCCGUACCUAGCCGACCUCACCGGCCCCGGUGUCGCCGGCUCAGCAAUUGCUCAGGCGCCCUCAUCGGCCCCUGCACAGUAUCCCCCAACGUCGAACGUGCAUCCAUCUCUGCUUGCUCAGAGCCCGAUGUCCAUUAACCGUCCACAUGUAGAGCAGAGGCAUACGUAUCCGGCGAUGGCCUUCCAACAGCCGCAGCUGCGGUCGAACACGCAGCCAUACCCGGCCGACGCUAUUGGAAUGUCGACCUCCUGGCAACUCGCGUCUGACGGUGGCAUGCCGUUCCCGCGGACGAAGGCGUUUGUGUGCCCCCUCUUCUCGUGCGGCCGGAUGUUUAAGCGCACGGAGCACCUCAAGCGCCACCUGCGUACGCACACGCUCGAGCGGCCGUACCAGUGCCAGCGGUGCAGGAAGCGGUUCUCGCGGUCGGACAACCUCAACCAGCACUAUCGCGUGCAUCUGCGCGAUGGCGGAUCGCUUGUACCGCUCGAGGACGAAGCGGGCAACGCGGACGUGGACAGCGAGGAGAUCGACGAGCUCGAGGGUGACGAGGACUCGCUGGACGGCACCAUGGAAUACCUUGGCGGGAUCGCGAGCAUGCCGAGUGUGCACAUGUGCGAAGUCGAGGUGCAGGGGCAGGUGACUGAGGUGCAGGGCGACGAAGAGGGUCUCGUGAUGGCCACGGGCGCGGUCAACCCCACUGUGACUCCAGAUGCGAGGAUGGACGGCGCGGACGGCCAGGAGGCGUAUUACAGCGACAGCAUGGCGCAUGUCGUGCGCGGAUCACCCGACCAGAGCUCGUAUCUGGCGAUGAACGCGUCCCCGGGCGUGCAGUGGGCGACGGUCAGACAGGAUCCAGGGUCAUCAUUCACCUCGGGUGCUAUGGCGUCUCAUCACGCUCGGGCGAACUCGUACUCUGCGCCUGGUGCGGAGUAUGUUACGUCAAUAUCUGCUCCUUCGCAGAAGGCGACAUUCGACCACUCCUCGUUGUACCCUGCAGACCUGGAUAUGAGCGGCCCUGGACCCAUCAGGAGGCACCGGAGCGCCACGCCGACGAUAUCAAAAUACGGGGAGUCAAUCAGGAGGCCGUACUCGGCAGCUGUCUCCGAGCAUGGAUCCCCAGCACCCGCCAGCCGGUCGUAUCAUCCGUACGCCCUCGCUGCGCAGAUUCAUUCCGCCGAGUCGAGUCCCAUGGUGUACACCGUUCCUCUGGGUUAUUCUGCUUCGCAACGCUUAGUCAAUCGCUCCGGCUCACAUUCGCGCUCAAACUCUGGGUGUCAGCUCCAGGAUCAGAUGCAGCAGAUGCUCAAUCUCGAACAGAUGGAUGCGGAAACGAUGGCCUUCGCCGAGGAGGCCGUCUCUACCCACGCUGUUCCAUUCAACAACGCUACCUAUUGCACGGACUCUCCGAUGCAAUAUGCGGCAGUCGGCGGGUCGUUCGAGCUGGAGUUGGCACCGGACCCGCAAAACAUGCAGGCGAUAUACAACGAUCUAGACAUGUCCAAUGCCCAGGACGCACAAUUCCCACCAUCGCUCGGCGUUGGCUACUACUCUACUCUGCCGCAUGGCGAGAUCUCCAUGUGA